AGGAAGGGGCAGAGCCGAGCGCUGCAGACGUACGAGUUCGUGGCCUGGUUCGAGCCGGCACAGGAAAAGUGCAGGAUCAUCGUGACUUCGACGAUCGGUCAUAUCUUCGGCCUGGACUUCGACCAGCGCUGGGGGGACCUAGCCGAGAUGUUUCACGCGCCGGUCAAGAAAACCAUCGAGUCCCACGUGGCCAAGAAUCGGGUGGUAGAGCACAUCCAGGAGCUCGCCGGGGAGUCGGAGUACAUGGCGCUGUGGCUCGACUGCGACCGGGAGGGGGAGAACAUCUGCUUCGAGGUCUCCUCGAUCUGCGGGACCAUUUCUGCAGACAACGUGUACCGCGCGCAUUUCUCGGCCCUCACGGAGCCGGAGAUCAAGCAGGCCUUCAGGAGCCUGGGUCGGCCCGACAAGCACCUGGCGAUGGCUGUUGACGCCAGGCAGGAGCUCGACCUGAAGAUAGGCUGCAUCUUCACCCGGCUCAUGACGCGCACCUUCCUGGAUUCCGCGAAGGACCUGCGCUGUCGCCGCCAAGGCGGUCGACGGUGACCCGGGGCGCACCUGGAAGGACCUGGAACCCGCUUUGGUGCUGAAUGUGCCACCGAUGGGAUCGCCCGCUGGUGUGGCGCCGCGGCCGAGGACCUCAUCUCCCAGGGUCCUGUCCUCCUCCUGCUCCAUCUGCUCUUCCUCUCCCUCCCUUUUCUGAUUUUAAGACCCCGCCCAUUGUGAAAGGCAGCAUGUAUCACAUUCGUGCUGCAAUGUUGCCGUCAUCGUGCUGUGCGCGUGCGCAUUUCUUGUGUGCGCUGCUUUUGGGCUAAGGAGGUCCGGCGUGUGUAUGUGCCCAUACCGGAAGAAUUUGGUGUUCGGAUGCAGUGUGUGUGCGUAGUUUUUGGUGCAAGAGCCCAUUCAAAGUUUCAAUGAAGCGCGCAUAUAUGUUUCUGUCAUUUGUGUGUUUGUAGUUAUGUGCAUAUCGAUCGGCGCUGGUGCGCACCGCUAUUGCACUUCCCGCGUCGGUGCCGAGCCUUCCGCCGACCUCUCGCCUGCAGGACCGGGCGGAUCCCGACGGUGGCGGCCACCGCGCGGUGCCGCAGGGAGAAAAGGAUGCGGUGGCUCCUCACCCGCGGGAGAUCGCGCGCCCGCCAACUUACGCAGCAGCAUGCGGGGGGCCAUCGC